AUGGCUGAUGAAGAGCUGAGCCCCCAGGCCACCAAGAAGGGCACUGUGUCACCCGGAGGGUCCCGGAGCAGCGCGGCAGAGCCGGGCACGUUGCUGCAGAAACUGCGGGGCAACAUCUCGUAAGGCUGCAAUGAACCCCCCAGCAACAUGAGCCAACCCAAAAGGGAUCUGACUUCAGAGGGGUGAUGAGUUUGUAACUCCCUAGAUGGAAGGAAUGAGAGUUUGUAACCCCCUGGAUGGAAGGGAUGAGAGUCUGUGCCUCUUCUGGGGGUGGGAACGUUGGUGCAGAGCUCCUAAUGUGGGCAGGGGGUCCUCAAGAGUGAGGCCAUCCCGUGACCUGAUGCCCUUUCCUUGUCUCUUCUGUCCCUUCCAUCUGCCCCCUGCAGCAAAGCAGUGCAGAACAAAGUCGAUGCCAUCCUGGGCGAGGAGCUGCUCAGCACCCAUUCCCUCAGUCCCACAUGGGGUGAUCCCUGCUGUCCCCCGAGACCCCAUUUACCCCACGUGCGGGCUGUGCCCAUGCUCACAAACCUUUGGCUCCAAAUGCUCCAUGAGUGCUGGAUCCUUCAACUCUCUUUGUCUCCGGUCCCUCCUCCUCUCCACACGGACCCUUUACCCAUAGCAAGAUGUCCAGAAGUUCUCCGACAGCGACAAGCUCUACCUCUACCUCCAGCUGCCAUCGGGGCCAAGCCUGGGGGACAGGAGCAGCAGCCUGGACCUAAGCUCACUGAGCACAGCUGAGUACAUGCAUGCCUGCAAUUGGAUCCGGAACCACCUGGAGGAGCACGCAGACACCUGCCUGCCCAAGCAGGAUGUCUACGAUGCCUACAGGCAGUACUGCGAUAAUCUCUGCUGCCGCCCUCUGAGCGCUGCCAACUUUGGGAAGAUCAUCAGGGAGAUCUUCCCCAACAUCAAGGCCAGGAGGCUGGGAGGCCGUGGGCAAUCAAAAUACUGCUACAGCGGCAUCCGGAGGAAGACGGUGGUCAGCCUGCCGCCACUGCCCAGCCUGGACCUGAAGGUGACGGAGACCCAGCACACGGAGCUGACAGAUCUGGUGCAGUCCUACACCAGCGAGGUGAUGGAGGCAGCCUGCGCCCUGACCUGCGACUGGGCCGAGAAGAUCCUCAAACGUUCCUUCAACAACAUCGUGGAGGUGGCACAGUUCCUCAUCCAGCAGCACAUCAUCAGCUCCCGCUCAGCCCGCGCCGAUCUUGUCAUGGCCAUGGUGGUCUCAGAGAGCACAGAGAAGGCCCAUCGUGAUGGCCGCUCUCCUCCACUGUCCAAGAGGAAUGGCCUGGAGGCCUCAGAGGGUGGCGAGCAGAGCCUGGCACAGACCAAGAAGGAUACUGUCCCCAAGGCCACCAUCCCACCGCGUUCCGACAAGAAGAAGCCCCCAGAGCCAUGCAAGCCGCAGAGCAGCCCCCAGGUGAACGCGCUGAUGGCCCGUUUGCCCCUUCUCCUCCCCCGUGUCCCCCCCGGCCCCACAGCCGUGUGCUCUUCCCCUCCAGUCCUGGCUCCCAAACUGACAGCCGCCCCACUGGGGGGCACCAUGAAGGUGGCUGUCCCGCUGCCCCCUGGGCUCAACGUGCUGCUGCCCGGUGUGGCCAUGCCCGCGGCUGACAGCCCCCGUGGAGCAGCCUCCGAUGGUCCCCCAGGCUCAGCCCAGCGCCCCGUGGCCACCAAGAGGUCCUCAGAGGUGGCCCACGAGGCUGGGGCCAAACGCAGGCGCGGGAGGCCGAGGAAGAGGACAGAGGAGGAGGAAGGAGGCGUGGGGUCACUGGGUCACAGCAGGGAUGUGGCUGAGGGGACAGAGCUGGGGGCUGAAUGCUCUGACAGCGCACACGGAGGUGACAAUGGGCACAGAGGUGACAAUGGGCUCAGAGGUGACAAUGGGCACAGAGGUGACGGUGCCCAUGGAGGUGAUGGCAUGGAUGGCAUGGCCGUGGUGUCCCCAGCCCAAGUGAGCGUCAUCCAGGACGGCCGUGGGCUGCAGGAGGAGACUCUGAGCACAGCACCGGGUGGCAGCGUGGUCACAGGAAGGGACAGUGGUGACAAAGAGCUGCGUGGGGAUGGACACGGCGCCGGGAUGGAGCCCACAGCCCCACGUGUGUUCCCGGAGGGGACAUAAGGACCCACUGCUGAAAGUGGGAGGUCCUCAUCACCGCGUGUCACUGUCACCUGCCAUUAAACACAGCGCUGUGCCACUGCUGG